AUGGCCGCCCUGACCAAGACCGAGUUUCCCGACCUCAAGCUUAUCGCCCGAGGCAAGGUCCGCGAUCUCUACGAUGUCGACGAGAACUCUCUGCUCUUUGUCGCCACGGACCGCAUCAGUGCCUUUGACGUCAUUAUGGAGAACGGUAUUCCCAACAAAGGCAAGAUCCUGACCGAAAUCAGCGGCUUCUGGUUCGAGCUCCUGAAGGAUGUCGUCCCCAACCACCUGAUCACCACCAACGUCGACGAGAUGCCCGAGCCUAUCCGCAAGUACAAGGCGCAACUUCAGCACCGCUCGAUGCUCGUCAAAAAGCUCAAGAUCCUGCCCGUUGAGGCCAUUGUUCGUGGCUACAUCACCGGAUCUGGCUGGAAGGAGUACAAGAAGCAGGGCACCGUCUGCGACAUCAAGCUGCCUGUUGGCCUUCGAGAGUGCGAAAAGCUCCCCGAGCCUCUGUUCACCCCGAGCACCAAGGCCGAGAUCGGAGACCAUGACGAAAACAUCCAUCCCAGCAAGCUUGUCGAUAUUAUUGGCGAAAAGUACUCUAAUCUGGUCGCCGAAACUGCACUGAAGGUCUACUCCAAGGCCCGCGACUAUGCCCUGAGCAAGGGCAUCAUUAUCGCCGACACCAAGUUUGAGUUCGGCGUUGAUUCCGAGGGCAAUCUCGUCCUUGCUGACGAAGUUCUGACACCCGACUCCUCUCGUUUCUGGCCUGCCGACCUGUACACCGUCGGCCAGAAUCAGCCCAGCUUCGACAAGCAGUACUUGCGCGACUACCUCGAGUCGAUCAACUUUGACAAAAAGACCAGCGUCACCCUGCCCGUCCACGUCAUCGACAACACCAUGGCCAAAUACGUCGAAGUCUACACCAUCCUCACCGGCAAGGCUCCCCAGUUUUAA